GAGGGGUAGGGCGCGAUGAAAACGAACCAUCUGCCGAUGGCCACUUCGAUCUGUCGAUCCAAUCUUUGUCCGUGUUAAGCGUCCGGACGCGUCCGCGUGAAAUUCGCCGAAACCCAAUAAGCCCAGCGAAUCACGGUUUCCGGAUGUUGAUUUCUGAUAGUGCGUCGGCCGUAAAGUGGAUUAAGUGAUCGAAGAGGCGAACACGUGUGCAAAGGUGCGUGCUUUCGUGGUCGAGUGCAGCAAACGCCGCCAAGACGUCGUGCAUCGAGGACUGCGCCAUGGGGUGCACGGUUUCGGCGGAGGAGAGGGCGGCGAUCGCCAGGACCAAGCAGAUCGACCAGACGCUGAAGGAGGAGGGCCAGAAGGCCAAAAGAGACGUCAAGUUGUUGCUGCUAGGCGCCGGAGAAUCAGGGAAAAGCACGAUAGUCAAACAAAUGAAAAUUAUCCACGAAAGUGGGUUCACAAGCGAAGACUUCAAACAAUACCGACCGGUAGUGUAUAGCAACACUAUUCAAUCCCUUGUGGCCAUCCUGCGGGCCAUGCCAAACCUCGGAAUCAGCUACGGCAACAACGAGCGAGAGAUCGAUGGGAAGAUGGUUUUCGACGUGAUCCAGCGGAUGGAAGACACCGAACCAUUUUCCGAAGAGCUCCUCGCUGCGAUGAAACGGUUAUGGGCGGAUUCCGGGGUGCAAGAGUGUUUCGGACGUUCCAACGAAUACCAAUUGAACGAUUCCGCUAAAUAUUUCCUGGAUGACUUGGACCGAUUAGGUGCCAAAGAAUACCAACCCACGGAACAGGAUAUCCUCCGUACGAGAGUCAAAACGACGGGGAUUGUCGAAGUACACUUUUCGUUUAAAAAUCUCAAUUUCAAAUUGUUCGACGUGGGCGGUCAGAGGUCGGAGCGAAAGAAGUGGAUUCACUGUUUCGAGGACGUGACGGCAAUUAUUUUCUGCGUAGCGAUGAGCGAAUAUGAUCAAGUUCUGCACGAGGACGAAACGACAAACCGGAUGCAGGAGAGUUUAAAACUGUUUGAUUCGAUCUGUAACAACAAAUGGUUCACGGACACAUCUAUAAUUCUCUUCCUUAAUAAGAAAGACUUGUUCGAGGAGAAAAUUAGGAAGUCGCCUUUAACAAUAUGUUUCCCAGAGUAUGCAGGUGCGCAAGAAUAUGGCGAGGCGGCAGCGUACAUCCAAGCACAAUUCGAAGCGAAGAACAAAUCGACAACAAAAGAAAUCUACUGCCAUAUGACCUGUGCCACAGAUACGCAUAAUAUCCAGUUUGUAUUCGAUGCAGUCACUGAUGUGAUCAUAGCUAAUAAUUUGCGCAACUGCGGCCUCUACUGAGAAACUUCUAAUUACUAUUCCUUUUCAUACGUUAUUGACUUUAGUACAUGGAUAAACCAAAAAAAUAAAACAGACAUGGUAGUGCCGGUGUAUUUGUCAAACGUUACGGUAUUUCUCGUUUAGGGGAGGUCCCGGCAACGUUAUCGUUAUAAUUGUACCAAAGUUGAGUGAGAUGUUGAAAUGUGUUCUUUUAUGUUGAUCGAUGAGUUGCCGAGUUUGAUGAAAAUUACUACAACAGACACAAUAAGAGGGUAGCUUUCCUGUGCUUGAUAAUAACAUCGGUUGACAAUGUUGAAUUUUAUUUUUCAUUCUAAAUAUCGUAUUUAUUGCACAAUGUUCUGUUAAUAUUUACGCACAUUUUUUAAUGUAAUUUUAACAAUCAACAUCGCGGAUCUUUGCACAAGUUGAUUUUAAGAGGAAAUUAUAUACAAGAUACUGUGCCAUUAAGAAGAGAUUGCAUUUAUCAACGGAAUUAUAGUAGUUGCUUUUCUUCUUUCGACCUAAGUUAUUGUUUUUAUUUUAUUAUAUUAUAUGGUUCGAUGUUAUUUAUGUUUGUAUAAUUUUAAUAAAAGAACAAGAGAAUGAACUAUAUUGAAUAGGUUUAGUUACCAAAUUUGUAAAAAAAACUAAGUAUGUGUUAAUGAUAAUGUGGAACCAAAUUAUUACUGUCUCGGCUCAAGUAGCGUUCAUCUACAAUAUGAUAAACAUUAUUAUAAUAAACAUUCUAAGUAUAAAGCCUACUUGUGUGUAAUUAGUUUCGUAAAAGUAUAAUAUCAAAACGAACUUAUUUUUGUAGAUUUUGUUAUUAUACUUUACUGUCCGAAUUGAAUCAGGAAAAUAUGGACCUUUUAAUGAACAGAUGCAAAUAUAAUGUAAUACAUUAAUGUGUACAUAAAAUUAUAUGGCGCUUUAACAGAUUUAAAAGUAGCUUCAGUACCAUUUCGUAGUGUAGCCAGUGCAUUUACUUUGAUCAUACUGUAAUUUAAUGACAUGCAUUUUUAAGUGAUACAUUCCUCGAAUAUUUUGUAUCUCCCAUUUUACGCUUUUUUUUUACAAAAACAAAAAGGGGAUUUGUAAGUGUAUCUAAUUACUCACUCUCUAUUCACUCAAGCAGAAGUUAUUUGAAUACAAUCAUCCAUUUUUAGAGCAAAAACUAGUAAUUGUCGUAUCAGUAUAUCAAAAAUAACGUAAAAUACAUAACAACUCCAACAAGUGGGCACUAAACAUCGUUUCGUUGAUAUUCCGUUCCUUCAUUUGCGUUUCGCCGAUUUUGUUGUGUAUUCUAUGUUAAUUUUGCGCAUACAACCAAACUGUUAUGUAAAAAAAUGUAGUAUUUAAUAUCUGGUAGUAUCCUAUUGAGUCAUGAUUGAAUCUCUAGUCAGUUUAUUUUCUAAUAAUUGUGACUACGGCAUUAUAAUUUUUUUGUAAUUUAUUUCAAAAAUAAAACCAAGAUGUAACCCACAAUUGUUUUAAUACAGGUUUAAGUUGUGCGACAUCUACACAGCUAGAGAAAAAGUAGUCCAAAAUGGACAAUUAAACUUGUAGGUAGGGUGCGGAUUACUAUACAAUUUAUCUGGAUGCACAAAACGUGGACGAACUAUAAGAUAAAAGAACGUUGCUUUCGUAUUAACCAAACGAUUUUUCACACAUUUUUGUACUUCGACGUCUCGUGGAUUUAAGACAUAUCUCUUUCACUUGAAGUUCGGUUUUUCGAUCAGUUCAUACUUUCGUCGAUUUGCUCAUAACACCCGUACAAGUUUUUAUUGUAAUUAAACCAUGAGACUGUCCAAGUUUUAGCCACAUGUACACGCAUACUAUUGACUUGUUGCUUUGUUGUGAAAUAAGACUAAUUAUAAGAAGAUUAUUAAAGGUACGGCGCUAGUUAAUGCAGUGAAUGAUGUACAUGUUUUCCAAUAUCAGUAAAUGUAACAUUCAUAACUGAGGUUGUUCUCUCAUUGUAUGUUUGUUUCUCUGUGAUGUGAAUACGAUAAAUAAAUUUUACCCAUUUCGAA